AACGUCAUCAAGCUGCGGCUACGAUUUUCCUGUAGAAGUGUGUCAAUGUCAGCUGCUGUGCAGGAGGUAUUUGCUGGAAUCUAGACAGAGAGCGAAAAGGAGCCUGUACUACAAUGAGCACAGUAAUAUUGAGACCCCAGCUCAGGCUGAAGUACUUAAAUAGAUUGCAAGCAAUUAUCCAACAUCUGAGUAUGUCAAAGCAUACAGGUCCAGAAACAGAAGUACUCCUGACAAAGACUGGCUGUGCAGGAGUUAUCACUUUGAACAGACCAAAGGCUUUAAAUGCACUAAACCUUGGCAUGAUUAAGCAGAUUCAUCCUCAGUUGAAGCUUUGGGAAGAAGACCCGGAAACCUUUCUGGUGAUUAUUAAAGGCGCCGGAGACAAAGCAUUUUGCGCUGGAGGAGACAUACGAGCUGUUACGGAAGCAGGGAAAGCGGGAGAAAGUCUUGCUCAAGACUUUUUCCGAGAAGAAUACAUCCUGAACAAUGCCAUUGGUACAUACAAAAAACCCUAUGUGGCUCUAAUUGACGGAAUUACAAUGGGAGGUGGUGUUGGUUUAUCAGUCCAUGGAGAUUUCAGAGUGUCUUCUGAGAAGACCUUAUUUGCGAUGCCAGAGACUGGAAUAGGACUUUUCCCUGAUGUUGGAGGAGGCUAUUUCUUACCGCGUCUUCCAGGAAAAAUUGGUUUAUAUAUUGCUCUUACUGGAUACAGGUUAAAGGGAAGAGAUGUACAGAAAGCAGGGAUUGCCACCCACUUUGUGAAUACUGAUAAGAUUGCUUCCCUUGAGAACGAUCUUACCAGCUUAAAGUGCCCUUCAAAAGAUGACAUUGCCAGUGUGCUUGACACCUACCAGAAAAAGAGUGAUGAUGGUGUGGAUAAGCCGUUUGUACUAGCAGAACACCUGGACAAGAUAAACAGGUACUGCAAAGGAAAUCUAUGCAUUUUUACAUUUAGUUCUAUAUCCAGGAAAAGAGCCCUGUGGCUGAAAAUCAGUGACAUUGUUAGUGCACGUGGCACAUUUAAAAAGGACGCAGAGCACUGCAAGGAGCAAUUUCAUUAUAUUAAGCUGGAUAACCAAGGCACCACUUGCCAGGAAGAAAAGCUCUGCCCAGGAAACGCCAUGAAUUAUAUCAAUUACAAGCAGAACAUACAGCAAAGCUUAGUCACUAAAGCUAUCAGUGAAGAUUCUAGAAGAUUGUUAUAG